AUGUCUCCUUCUGCCCAGUCUGUCGCGCCUGCUGCCUCUCUUCUCAUCAAGCGGCUCUCAGACAAGGCAAAACUCCCUACAAGGGGAUCUGCCCUCGCUGCAGGCUAUGACUUGUACAGUGCUGAAAAGAAAACUAUCCCUGCUCGCGGCUCAGCUGCAGUCAACACGCAACUAUCGCUGGCCGUUCCUAUUGGAACAUACGGUCGCGUCGCGCCGAGAAGCGGUCUUGCUUCCAAGCACAUGAUUGCCACUGGUGCUGGGGUCGUGGAUGCCGACUAUCGAGGCCCACUCUUUGUCCUGCUUUUCAAUCACUCCGAGAAGGAUUUCGAAGUCGAGGAAGGAGAUCGCAUCGCACAGCUGGUGCUGGAAAAAAUUAUGACCCCGGAAGUAUUGGAAGUCCAGGAUCUUGAUGAGACCCUUCGGGGUGCUAAUGGGUUUGGGUCAACCGGAGGGCACGGUUCUCUUUGA